CAUUCCUCUGCCUUUUCACUCCGCCGGCCUCGGAGACCCGGCGGCCGCCCCGUGUGCCUGGGUCAGCUUUUCCAGGUGAAUCCACUGCUGGUCCCCUCUGUCUUGGUCUUCCAGGUCAUAUUCCUUAGCAUCUUUGAGCCUUGAGAACUUGGGACUUUGAGACACACGUGGGCUGGUACCUAGCCUGAAGCCGGCAGCAUGGAGCCCCUCUUUCAAGCUUCUACACCCAGCUGGAAUGCCUCAGCUGCUUCCAGUGGUAACCACAACUGGUCACUGGUGAGCCCAGUGUCAUCGAUAGGAGCCCAGGCAGUACUGGUGCCCGUUCUCUACCUGCUGGUGUGCACGGUGGGGCUGGGUGGAAAUACACUGGUCAUCUAUGUGGUGCUGCGGCAUGCCAAGAUGAAGACGGUUACUAAUGUGUACAUACUGAACCUGGCUGUAGCUGAUGUCUUGUUUAUGUUGGGGCUUCCCUUCCUGGCUACGCAGAAUGCCGUCUCCUACUGGCCUUUCGGCCCCUUCCUGUGCCGCCUGGUCAUGACGCUGGAUGGCAUCAACCAGUUCACCAGUAUCUUCUGCCUGAUGGUCAUGAGUGUUGAUCGCUACCUGGCUGUGGUCCACCCUCUCCGCUCAGGUCGGUGGCGUCGCCCACGGGUAGCCAAGCUGGCCAGCGCUGCUGUCUGGGUCUUCUCACUGCUCAUGUCUCUGCCACUCUUGGUCUUCGCCGACGUCCAGGAGGGCUGGGGCACCUGCAACCUGAGCUGGCCGGAGCCUGUGCAACUGUGGCGUGCAGCCUUCAUCACCUACACGUCUGUGCUGGGCUUCUUUGGGCCCCUGCUGGUCAUCUGUUUGUGCUACCUGCUCAUCGUGGUGAAGGUGAAGGCGGCAGGUGUGCGCGUGGGCUCCUCCCGGCGACGGCGCUCAGAGCGCAAGGUGACUCGCAUGGUGGUGGUGGUGGUGCUGGUGUUCGUGGGCUGCUGGCUGCCUUUCUUCAUUGUCAACAUCGUCAACCUGGCCUUCACGCUGCCAGAGGAACCCACCUCUGCUGGCCUCUACUUCUUUGUGGUGGUCCUGUCUUAUGCCAACAGCUGUGCCAACCCCCUGCUCUAUGGUUUUCUCUCCGAUAACUUCCGCCAGAGCUUCCGGAAGGUUCUGUGUCUACGUAGAGGAUAUGGUAUGGAGGAUGCAGAUGCCAUAGAGCCGCGGCCAGAGAAGAGUGGGCAGCCGCAGGCCACAUUGCCCACACGCAGCGGCGAGGCCAAUGGGCUCAUGCAAACCAGCAGGCUGUGAGUGCCCCAGCAGCACCCAGGUCCAGCCAGGCCUCUCUGAAGUUGUCUUCUGGGAUGUGAGGGGCUGAGAUGCUCUUAUCCCCAGGUCUGCAAGUUGGAUUCUUCUUGGUAGCAGUGUGAAGACAGCUGCCUGGGGCUAAGCCAUGGGUAGUCAGCAUAGCUGGUGCCCUGUGGUGACUGACCCUCGCUUUCACCAAAAUGUUCUGCCAGGCCAGGGUCUGAGAGUUUGGAGGUCCUGAGAUGGGCUUGGCAGGGAGAAAGGGCUGGAUUUGCCCUCUGGAAAUAUUCAGGCCCCUUCACCUCCAGUGUGGCACGAUUGUCAGCCUCUCAGGCCAAGAAGCAGCUUUCCGGGAGGAAGCCUGGAGACGCUCGUGCAAACUGUUGGUUCAUGCCAGAGACUGCCCUCCCUGAAGCCAUACUGGCCAGCUGGCCCUCAGCCUCUGCUCCAUCCACCUUCUGGCCAGCAUGGAAGCCAAUUGAAAGGUACCCAUGUGUGCUGGGCCCCCAGCCUCCGCUUACAGAGCUUCUAGGCCUCUACGAUCUUGCAGCUGCAUGCACUUUGAGGACAGUUGAAGCAAAGCUGCACUGAUCCGGGGACAGAGGAAGUAAAACCCUAGGGCACUACUCUGGCCUUUCCGCCAUUUCUCCAGCAUGAGGAAAGUGAGGCCUGUGCAGGGCAGACACAUGGUGAAGACCAGGAAGAGGAAUAGACUCACCAGGACUCUGUCUAUUCAGCGUGGCCCAGAAAGGGUGGCCCCAGGGAAAGACUCUGCAGAGGCUUCCUUGAGGCUCAGAGACUGAGGACACACAGGGACUUCACAAUCCUCUUUCUCCUUAAGGCAAAAUGCUGGGGCUCUCUCUGUUCUUGGAGAGGGGGUAGGGUGAGCAGGUAGCAGGCAGGAACUGUUCCCAGUGCAAACAGCACAGUCUGGAAAGCCCUACCGUGUGAGAUAGUGCAAAUGCCAGGGCCAAAGAGGGCCAAGUCCCUGGGGAACCUGUGAUCCCCCUCAGCCCCCUCCAGCAGCUUCUCCACUCAGACCCAGAAUGUGCUCAAAGAACCCCCGGGGUCCCCAGGGUGCCCUUGGGCCUUUCUGAAGCUGGAGAAAGAAGUAAUCGUAUUAUUUCCCUGCUCUGGGCAGCCCUGCCUGGCAGUGCUUGGCUCCCUAGUAGGGUGCAGAGGCCAGGCCAGCAAGACUGGCCAGAGAAAGACUGUGGGAUGCUGGGUCACAUCUGAGAACGUGACCCCUCCCUAGACAGAUGCCGAGCCUGGAAGCUCAUCCCUCAUAAUGAGGGCUCUUGUGUCUUACAGCCUGUCCCGAAUAAAUGAGAAAAUAAAGUGUUU